CCGCGUUCAAGGUUGUGUCCAGCAAGCUCUGCGCCACGAGGCUUGGCGCUGUCAUCAUGUCCAACUUCACGCUCGUCGACCCAAAAGGAUGGGACUGCGAUCUGCAAUCCGUGUAUUCGGCAUACAUAGGCCACUUUCAGCUGCACAACAUCGUCUGGUACGAACGAUCGUGGGGCGUAUUCUUCGAGUCUUUCGAAGAAUUCCUGACUUUUUCGUGGCCGGCCAUCACCGUCACUGAUGCGUGGACCGGACGAGCACACAUUGUGGUCCGGAUGUCGACAGUAAACGCGUUUCUGAAGAUGCUGAAAACAAGGUUUGGAGAGACUCUUCCCAUCGUUGAGAACAUACUCCGAAUAACCCCGUUCGAAACCUCC